AAAAAGUAAAGUGAUAAUUUCAAUGUUUAUGAUAAAUAUGUAGAAUAUGUGAAGCUAAAGUCCAAUGCUCCAGUACGUACAGAGAAGUUACAGCCAAUCAACUUCUCUUCCAAGGAGACAGCCACAAUGACAUCACGUAGCAUCGCGUCACAUGACAACCGUUCAAAAAACAUGAUGCACAGUGAUUUAGUGAGAAAUUAUACCAACAUGGGUUACAGUCAAUAUGACGAUGAUGUGUCUAGUGUUCAUUAUCAACAAACUGUUGUUGUUGUGAGAACAUUUGAUCAUCCAGGAAAGUCGUACUAUUACAGACAAAGGAGAUCAUUGCCAAGAAACCACUCAAGACUGAACUACAAAAAAUCUUUUAAAUCUUCGACGACUUGCAGACGAAAGCCUUUACCAUCUGCCUGGACAAUAAACCUUCGAAAUUCGCCGUCAAGACAUGAAAGAAAUGAAGAUGUUCACUCUUAUUACUUACCACCUAAAAGAAAUAUCAAGGUUCAACUCGUACACGAGAUUACAUGAAUCACGAAAUGAAAGUUUGUGAAGCUAAAAGUCAUAGUUCUGGUAAUAGUAAAAGAUACAUUGUUGAAAACCGUCCAAAACUAUCCCAUGCUAAAAAUGCUAAAACCUCGACUUAUUACAAAACUUCUGGUCGACCGCAACUCAGCUCAUAUUCAGAUGCGUCAGAAGUAGAUUAUAAAUCAUCGCCCGUCCUUCAUGACCAAAUUAAGAAUCAAAAUUUUCAAGCGAUUUCUUCCGACAAAAAAAGGGAAGAGAAAUCACAUGACCUGGAAAUCAUGUCCAUUGUCAGUGGUAGUGAAUUUUCUAAAUUGUUACCCACUCCUCCACGGCCAAGCGAUAGCCAAUCAGAUAUCUCUACGGAUGGAUAUUCCCGUGGUAGUUAUAAAUCAUUUAAAAACAAACUUGAAAGAAACGUUAAAGAAAACAGGGAGGUUGUUGUUGAAGAAAGAAGUCAAUCAGAUCAAGAAAAACAUAAUGAAGAAACUUUAGAGCGUUUACGAAAUGGUGAGACGCGUGAGAGGAAGGGAAACGAAAGUAGAAAAAAUGUCGGUUCAUUUAAUAAAGAGACGAGCAGUUCAUCGUGGACUCAUAAUGACAGCGGUUUUAGAAAGAAACAUUAUGUGCCAAUAAAUGAUGUUCAAGUCUUACCACCAGAACCAAUUUUUAUUCAGUUUGAAAGUAGCGAUGAGGAGAAAGAAAAUUUAAGUUGAAUGUUUUAUGAACAAGCUAUUUUCUACUUAUAAAUGGUUCACUUUAUUUGGUGAAUUUACUAUCUAUGUAAUAACUUUCUAUUUAUUUUUCAUACAUUUGAAGGACAUUUAAACCACGAAUUAUUCAUUCUCCCCCCUCCCCCAUGGAGAACAUAUAGCAUUUUUUUCAAAAAAAUGUACUCCUAUUGUUAUUUUGAAAUUUCUACAUUGUUAAAGUAAUCUUUUUUAUGACGACAUUGCAAACAAGGCGCUAUUAUUGAUGUUUCUAACCUGACGGAAAACGUCAUAGGAAUACACUUGUUGAAGUAGCUAUUGAAGACUGUGAUCGGAGAUCAGUGGUUUAUCUGCGUUAUUAUUGAUGUUUCUAAGCUGACGGCAAACGUGAUAGAAAUACACUUGUUGAAAUACCUAUUGGAAACUGUGAUCGGAGAUCAGUGGUUUAUCUGGUGUAUAUAUUAACAACGUUAAGAAAAUUAUAUUGCGUCAGACGUUAAUUUUUAUUGCCGAAAGUUUGUGUAUGUAACUUAUUUAUAACUCUCCGUACAAAUACUCCGAUUUAGUGUAGAAGUAAAAAUAUUCUACCCAUCACGCAAAAGACAUAAAGUUUGUAGGCAGUAACUAUACGGACUAAAACAAUUAUAUAGCAUUCGAGUGUUUUUUUGCUGCAUUUUUAAUCACAACUAAACUUUCAUACAUACAGAAUCUCGAAAGUGUUAUAUUUAAUGUAUUCACGAUGCUUUAGCUUUGUUAGCGUGUAUACUUUCCCUUCUUCAUGACAAUUUUAUGAACUACGUUUACGGAAGUGGACACGCAAGCAAAUUGUAUUAUGAGGAAUAUAAUUCUUGAGAAAACUGUUCUUGGUGCUGUCUAAAUUAAUUUUUUCAUUUAUGAUAUGUAUAUAAACUAUUUUGCAUUGAUACUUUAAACAUUGUCAUUCGUGAACAUUUUUAUGAAAUGAUUUAACAAGAAACGAUUGCUUGUCUUCGAUUAGCUCAUCGUACAACUGAAAAUGUCGGAAAUGUAAUGUCCUAUGUCAGAUACUUGUGUAUAUCAAACAUUAUUCUGUAUAUCAAACAUUAUCUAGAUUUUCCAGCAUUUGUAUAAAUUAGUCCCUUCAAGUUUGCAUCAAUUACCUAUGUCUAAGAGGGGGGCGCAUAGUUUCAGUCUACUCUAUGUUUUAAAGAGUAGCUAUAUUCCUUUAGUCUUUGUUAACGUUAAGUAAAUUACAAAUAUUAUAAAUAUUGAGGAUUGUUGAUGAUCGACUUCAUAUAUACGUUAAUGUUUGAAAGACGAAAGAAAUAAAAGUUAUCGGUUCUUUAAAUGCACCAUACUAAGCAAAACAAGAAUAUUGAGAAUAUUAAAAUGACUUGUUCUCUCGCAGUCGGAUAUAAAUGCAAUAUGAAUACGACCUUUAGCUACGCCACUGAUAGCCAAGUAUCCACGCAAUAAAAUUGAAAAGAAGCAAGGUGCACGAGUGGGGGGCAACAAAAAACGUUUACUAAGCCAUUUUUUAAUGCACAGAAUGCGGACUAAUACUUCCUACUGUUAUUUUGAAAUUUCUACAUUGUUAAAAUAAUCUUUUUUAUGACGACAUUGCAAACAAGGCGUUAUUAUUGAUGUUUCUAAGCUGACGGCAAACGUGAUAGAAAUACACUUGUUGAAAUACCUAUUGGAAACUGUGAUCGGAGAUCAGUGGUUUAUCUAAAUGUAUUGCAACGCAGCUUUCAACAGAUUUUACACUGUCCUAAAGGUUUUGUUUUGUUGGGUUGUUCUUUGUCCUUUGUACUACAGGAGGGAAUGAAUAUUGAAAAAAUGUUAAAGUGGAAGUUUUGACCACCAAAAUUCCAUUGGUAGACGACCGUCGUCAUGGAUUUACCUGCAAACGUUUGUUCAUAAUUCCCGUCACUCGCUAAGUUACAUCAUUUAGCAGGAAGACGUUUUACAACGGAGACAAAUUUAAAAACUGUGAAACAACAUGUGUGGUGUCUCAAACAUGAUGAGAAUUGUAUGGGACCAUUUGUGCUUAAGACGAGAGGCAUAAAUAACCAAUUAAAGAAAUAAUGGGUUCCAAUCAAAGUAAGACAAAUGUGGCUCAAGAGGAGAAAAGUGAAAAAAGCUCAGACAGUGGAAAAAGAAAAACAAUACCUAAGUUUCAACAUCUGUCCAACAAGCUAAAAGUUGAACGCGAGGAUAACCGAACGAGCAGCACGUUAACAAUCUUCUGCCUUAAAAAUGAAAAAUAUUACGCGUUGUCUUGUUUCCAUGUUGGUUAUUUAAUUUGUCGGGAAAUGAGCAAGGAAAAUCAAGGCUUGGCAAUAAAAAAUGAAGUUAACGUAAACAGAAAGGACGUGCAGCGUUUAAUGCAAAAAAAUAAAUACACUCUCUCAGAUGAUGACAGCGUGGUUGGUCACUUUUCUCAUUUUUCUUAUGAUCCUGAAACGGAUAUCAUGGCUAUUGAUGUUGGCAACAAAAAAGAUUUUCAGAAGUUUCAUUGUGAUGAAAUGGAAAAUGUUGUAUUGGACUUAAAGAAUAUAUAUAAAAAGCUUAACUGGAAAGGGGAAACUGUGAAAGUCUGCACAGCUUCUGGCGUAAAAGGCGAAAUCAGUGAAUCGCAUUUUUCCAUUUUUUCAGAAGGAAACCUGAUUUUCCGAGAUGCUAUUGUGAUAACAAUUGAUGACGCAUCUCUUGAUUCCUCUGACGCUGGCACUCUUGUUUAUUUUUUCGAUGAAAAAAAUAAUUGCCGACCGUUUGCUUAUGUUAUUUUCGAAUUGCUGAGGAGUGAUGAUGAUGGCAAAGAUUCAGAUAAGAAAAGAUACAUGUGCUUGACAUUGAAAAGAGCUUUAAAAGCACUAAAUCUUGAGGAUGGUCAAUUUUUUAAACUAAAGGACCUUGGUCAUAAAAAGAACACUGAAACAGAAGUAGAUCACGUACAUUUGACAUAUCAACGUUCAAUAGAAAUAAGUCAUUACGAGGAGCAACUUAAAACUGCUGAGAAAGAAAAGGAUUUUGACAAACAAAUAAACGCUCUGAGGUGCUUGGUAAAACUCAAAAAAAAGCAGAAUCCUUUUGAAAUGGAUGCUUUCUGGCAGAAGAAAUUAGACAAACUUGAAUCGGUGUCACGACCAUGGAAAUGUGUUGAUGUAUCAACGAAGCAUUUGGUGAAGUUUAAUGAGAUGUAUGAAUAUGGGCGCAAAAGUCCAAGCGAGAUUACACUGGUAAACGACGUACGUGUAAUUUUCUCAGAAGAGUUUUGCAUCGGCAGAGGAAGUAAUGGGACACGUGUUUAUCUUGGACUGAGAAAAGAUGGUUACGGUAAAGCAGUGAAACGAAUACUUCGCGAUAGUAUCGAUCUAGCACAGCAAGAAAAGGAAAUUUUGAAUCAAAUCAACGCGAAAGAGUCGAAUUUCGUUGUGAAUUAUUCCUUUUUAGAAGAGGAAGUUAAAACAGGAUAUGUAUACUUAAUACUCGACCUUUGUGAAGAAUCACUGCAAGAUUUUGUGCGAUCGGACUCAAAUGAUGAGUCUUACCUUCAAGAAUGUCUUCCCAAAAUUCUCAGACAAAUUUUAAAAGGAUUAGCUGAUCUUCAUAGCGGCUCACGUCCUAUUCUUCAUCUGGAUUUGAAGCCAUCCAAUGUUCUCCGAGAUGCACAAGGCAAAUUUCUGUUAGCUGACUUCGGUAUAAGUCGAAUAUUGAAGAAUGGCCUUAAAACACAUGUAAGCAAUGCUAAUAAGGGAACUCCAUAUUGGAUUGCUCCUGAAUCUUAUUGUUGUGAAGAUGAAGAGAUAGUUGAUAAAAGACGUUACAAACCAGAGUCUGAUGUUAUGAAUGCAGGAAUGGUUGCUUAUUUUGUUGCAACUAAAGGGAAACAUCCUUUUGGAACUAUAGAGUAUCGAUUACAUAACAUGUUGAAAGGAAAACCUGUUGGCUUGAAGGAAAUCAAGGAUGCUGUACUCAAUGAUCUUCUGUCAUGGAUGCUACAGCUAAAACCAGAAGACAGGCCAUCUGCCAACAAAGCUUUGAAACAUCCUUAUCUACUAUCGGAUGAAGAGAAGUUUGACAUGCUUUGUGACCUGGGGAACCAACCUGAGAUGAAAAAAUCACAAUGUCGAAAUUCUUCCACUUCAGACGUUCAUAAGCAGUUGUAUGGUCACACUGAAUGGAUGAAGCGUAUCGAUGAUGAAGUCUUGAAAGAUUUUAUAAAGUUUAAAGUAAACAACAAAAAAAGUACUGUAACCUACGAAUCUUCAUGGGCGAGUUGUUUGAGAUUCAUUCGUAACGUUGAUCAGCAUUGGCAUGAUAAACCUCGUCCACGUCUAUCGCAAUAUAUCCAGGAAGGCAACUAUAAAGAGUAUUUCCUUCAAGCUUUUCCGGAGCUUCCUCUUCUGGUGCACAAAGUCAUAAGAUCUACUGACUGGAAAACAAGACCUGAUCUCAAAAAACAUUUUACGAAGUCAAGUUCAUUUUCGUAUAUCUGUCUUGAAGAACCAAGAAGCAGUUCAUCAACAUUCAAAGAUGAACCUUCCACUCCCAGUGGCAGCACAGGUGACUUUAAAAAAAUUUUGAAUUCAAUUACUUCUCUUAGUUUCAAGUCACCUUCAAAAACUGAUGAACCUUCCACUCCCAACACAGUCGAAUUUAAAAAACGUUUUCUCACAAAAGAUCACAAAAUUAAAAAUAGCGUCCAUGAAAAUUUGAAAAGUUUUCCUUGGCUUUGUGGCAAGUAUGGUAUAGCACGUCCUACUGAUGAGUUGAAUUAUCGUCACAUGUAUCUUGAAGUUGACGAAUCAAAGACUGAGGAUGUUUUAAAGCAAGAAAUCGAUAAUAAAUUUAAAUGGAAAGCUUCAGAUUACAUCGAAUUACGUUAUGUUGACCCACGUAAGAAAAUAGAAAUCCAACAGCUAUCGAACAAUGUUAUGGUUAGUCGACAUGAUGAUCCCAAUAAAUCCCAUAGCACAUUGACUUUGUUCUGCUGUAAAGAUGAACAGCAUUACGCGUUGACUUGCGCCCAUGUUGGUUACCCAAAAAGUAUUCCCGAAGAUCAAAGGACGUUCUUGUACAUUCGACACCAAAGGGAAAACGAAGCAAGAGCUGUUAACUAUUUACAUGAAAACAAAUAUUUCUACAUCCCCAAAAAAACAACUGAAAUAGCUCUUGGCAAAUUGGCUGCUUACUCAUAUAAUCAAGAAACCGAUAUCAUGGCCAUCUUGGUUGAUGAUAAAGCAACUAAAUUUACUGCAGCUGAAAUAGAGGUACCGGGAUCUUUUGAUGACAUUAUCGGUUAUCUGUCAGAGAAUGUUGGGAUUCAAAAAGUUUAUAAAGCUGGUAGGGAAUCUGGAGAGAACACCAUUUUCGACGUCAAUUAUUCUUUUCCUUCCAAUGAAAAUGAAACACCUUCAUAUCGCGACGUGGUGGCAGUAAAGAGUGAUCACGAAUUUCUCGAGAAAGGAGAUUCAGGAUCACUGAUCUAUUGUUAUGAUGAGAAUAUGAAAAAAAUACCGUUUGCUUAUGGCAUUGCUAAAGUGAACGACGGAGACGAGACAUACUAUGUUUGUAUGAGAUUAAAAGAUGGCUUAAAAAAUUUGGGACUUCUCGAAAAUGUCAGCUUCAAAGACUUCUCAAGAGUGAAAAAUUGAUUUCUUUUGUGAAACAAACAAUACAUUUCUAAAUCAUUUACCCAUUUUUUUAUUCAUACAACAUUUAUGUAUUCAUAUAACAUUUAUGUUUUCAUAUAACAUUUAUAUUUUCAUAUGACAUUAUGCAUUCACAUACAUUAUGUAUUCAUAUAACAUUUAUGUAUUCAUAUAACAUUUAUGUAUUCAUACAUGGCCUACUCAAAUUACACGGCCUGAUAUCUUA